UUUCUGGUAAGGCGUUAGCAGCCUACACAGCAAUGGAUGAAGACAGGGCCCACUGCUAUAAUGAACUGAAAGCAGCAUUAUUGGCAAAAUUUGACAUAUCUCCAGAGACCUACAGGCAGCGGUUCCGGUCAACUGUGGUUCCACCUGAUGAAAGCCCGGCAGAAACCUACUCCCGACUGAAGGGGCUUUUCCGACGCUGGAUUCGACCUACACAGCACACUAAGGAGCAGAUUGGAGAGGCCAUCAUUCUGGAGCAGUUCCUGCGAGUUCUACCGCCUGAGAUGAGGACAUGGGUGAAGGAACACGAGCCGAAAGAUGGACAGCAUGCAGCAAAACUGGCGACACAGUUCCUGAAUGCCCGCAAGGGAGGCGGCGGUUCAAACUUCAUCAACAGGAACCGCAGGGUUACAGCGCAGCCGGUCCAACUGAAAGCUACAAUAGAACGAAGCAACCGGGACUUUCCAGGUAACUUCUCCAGGGAACCAGACCACCACCAGCUGGGUAAGAACCUUGUUUGUUAUUAUUGCCAACAACCGGGCCACAAAGCUUCUGUGUGUCCAGUGCGCAAAGCUAAGGUCAGCGGGGCCUGUUAUCCACCCCGGCUUGAAGAGGGGAUUGUUGGGACUGAAAAUAUUGGCAGACACUAUCAACAAAUAACUGUUAAUGGACAAAAUGUGACUGCUCUUUUGGACACUGGAAGUUUCAUCUCGCUCAUAAAGCAGAGUCUGGUACCAGUGGGCCAGACAGAUUAUGGAAGAAAAGGGGACAUUUUGUGUGUCCAUGGUGACAAACAUACAUACCCAAAAGCAGACUUAACAGUUGUUAUUGAUGAACAACCAUAUCUGUUGACAUUUGGUGUUACUGAAAACUUGCCAGUAGAUGUAAUUUUCGGUCGGGAUUUACCAGUGCUUUUUGACUUGUUGAAGGAAAAGCAGUCCAAUCAGAUGGAUUUUGAUAAGGAGGUCAAUACCCAAGUAAAUGUUAAAAUCUCUUGUCCGGUGGUCACCAGAGCCCAAGUAAAGGCCGGUGUCCAACCAUUACCAGACCUAGACAGUAGUUUAUGUGAGGGUGGCACAAAAGGGCCAAGAAAAACUCGAAGCCAACGGCGUUUUGAAAAAAAGCUAAGGUUAAAAGAACCUGAUCAGAUAGAUGCAUUGUGGGACAUACCAGAAAACAUUUCUCUGUUACAACAAGAGGAUGAGAGUUUGAAACCACUAUUCCUUAAGGCUGAAAAAGAAAAAACUGGAAAUUGUGUGGUUGAACCAAGGUAUGUUGUUGAACGUGAUGUGUUGUAUAACAUUGAAAAUAAGCACAAACGUUUGGUAAUCCCCGCUAGAUGUAGACCUCUCAUUAUGUAUUUGGCACACACAUUGCCAUGGGCGGGACAUCUGGGUCGCCAUAAAACAUAUCUACGUGCAGGUGCGCGCUUUUACUGGCCAACAAUGUACACCGAUAUUCAGACUUAUUGCGCCACCUGCCCGGUAUGUCAAAAAACAUGUGCCACCCACAAAGCUGAUAGGGCAUUUCUUCAACCCCUGCCUGUCAUUUCUACACCAUUUCGCAGGAUUGCCAUGGACAUUGUGGGCCCACUAAUAAAAAGCAGCAGCGGCCAUCAGUACAUCUUGGUUGUGUCGGAUUAUGCUACGCGGUUUCCUGAGGCUUUUCCACUUCGUACCAUCUCUGCUCCCAUGGUUCUCCGGGCUUUAAUGCAGCUGUUUUCUAGGGUUGGGAUCCCAGAUGAAAUCAUAACCGACCAAGGUACAAACUUUACCUCCAAGCUUAUGCAACUGUUUUACAAACAGCUUGGUAUUUCUCCAAUAAAAACUACACCAUAUCACCCACAAACUGACGGUCUUGUUGAAAGAUUUAAUCAAACAUUAAAAAGGAUGCUCCAGAAGUUUGUGGAUGAGACUGGUAAGGACUGGGACCGGUGGCUGCCUUACCUUCUGUUUGCUUACAGAGAGGUUCCCCAGGCAUCAACUGGCUUCUCACCCUUCGAAUUGCUGUAUGGCUGGGAUGUCCAGGGGCCUUUGGAUUUGCUCCGAAAAGGCUGGGAGUCACCAUCUGCAGGUGAAGACAAUAAAGGGAUUGUCCAGUUUGUGCUGGAGAUGCGGGAACGACUUUCCAGGUACCAG